CAAACGAUGAAGGUGUUCGAAGCAAGUGUCGCGGCCACGGCGAUGGCGGGCUUCCUGCCCUCGACUCACGGCUGGUGGGACAACGGCCACAUGCUCGUCGGCGAGGUGGCCACGCAGCUCAUGAACUCGAGCGACGUCGCGACCAUCGAGAGCAUCCUCAGCCGCUGGGACGAGGACUUCCCCAACACGGGCGAGAUCACGACGUCCGCCGUGUGGAUGGACAUCAUUAAGUGCACGGCGCCCAGCUCGACGUGCACGACGCCGGCCUCGCCCUCCAUCACGAGCAUGAGCGACUGGCACUACAUCGACCUGCCGCUCAACAUCAACGGCGACAAGUGGGAGGACAAGGACGCCGACCUGUCGCUCUUCGACGACACCAUGGGCGGCGACGGCGUGUCCGUCAUCGAGGGCGCCAUGAAGUCCUUCAAGACCACCAAGUCCAAGUGGGCGGCCAACCUCUUCCUGCGCAACUUCAUCCACAUCUUCGGCGAUCUGCACCAGCCUCUUCACACAGUGACCGGCAUCAGCGAGGCCUUCCCCGAGGGCGACGGCGGCGGCAACAGCGAGAUCUUCGUGACGCCGUGCGCCUUCAGCAACCUGCACGCCGUGUGGGACGCCGCCGGCGGCCUCUACAGCCUCAACAAGUGGUCGCUCGACGUCAGCGACUUCAAGCCGACGCUGCAGAGCAACGCCACGGAGCUCAUCGCGCUGCUGCCGAGCGUGCCGGACAACUUCACCUUCUCGCAGUACGAGAACGCCUCGUACGACCAGCUGUACGAGGCCAUGGUCACCAACUCGGGCCUGCGCGAGGUCAUCCUCGAGACGUACAACUACGCCAACACCAUCGUCUACUCCAACCUGGACCUGAACGCCACGAGCUCGGGCAGCUACCCGUGCCCGUCGGCCUCGUACCUGGCCAUGGCCGGUGAGAUCGCCCAGAGACGCAUUGCGCUGGCCGGCAGCCGUCUCGCCGUCAUCCUCAAGCACUUCGCGGCCCAGCUGCGUGUGCUCGGCCUGGCCGACUAA